GUGAAUUGCUCCUCGGUGUUAACAACUAUACCAACUAUACUGAACUAUAAUUCAUGGAUGUAAUCCUAAUUACAUCAAGUGUGACUGACUGUGACAUUGUGUGAUCAUUGUCACUUUCACUUUGUUUAUAACCUUAUCUACUGUUAAAUUAUUAGGAAUGAUACACUAUAUGUAACAUUAAAUUCAUAUAUUUGUUGUGUGUAAAAGUCAAAAUAAGUAGUGUAUUCGCAACGAUAUGUCGUUAACUAAUGAAAAACAAAUAGAAUUACUCUUAGCUGGAAAUCCUCUAGAAAUUGAUGACACGUACGAAGUAAGCCACGCCGUAGCGAAUGAUAUAUUAGGCACAAAAGGAGUCCAAUCGUUACUCAAUAGUUAUGUACCAAUUUGUAAAAAAACUGUAACAUACAUUGUUGCUGCUGUUGUCAUAAAUGAUGAGGGGAAAGUAUUAAUGAUGCAAGAAGCAAAGGCUUCUUGUAAUGGAGAAUGGUAUUUACCAGCUGGUAGAGUUGAACCUAAUGAAAGUUUAUUGGAUGCUGUUAAGCGUGAAGUUUUGGAGGAAACAGGUCUUGUAUUGACACCAGAGACAUUGUUAGUAGUUGAAUGCGCGAGUGGUUCAUGGUUUCGAUUUGUUUUCACUGGCAAAAUAACUGGUGGUAAAUUAAAAACAUUAGAAGAGGCAAAUGAAGAAUCACUGCAAGCAUGCUGGGUGCAUAAUGUGAAUGAUCUUACGCUUAGAUCAAAUGAUAUUAUUUCCUUGAUAGAAAGAGGUAAAUCUUAUGUUAUGAGCAAGGAUGUUUUGCGUCAUCCAUAUUUAAUUCCUGUUAAUAAAUCAUUGAGCAAAUUAUUGUUGCGGCUUACAAUUACUUCAAAGAAAAGAGCAACGAAUCAAUUACACGUUGUGAUAUCAGAUACAACACCAUCUCAUUUACCAAUUUGUGAAAUUAAUCCAAAUCGCAGUAUUCUCUCUACUCUACAUAAUUUUAUGGAGGAAUUAUUUGGUAGUGGAGUUCCACAACAUAGACCACAUGGCAUACUUUCUAUAGAAUUUAGCGGUGGUGAUGGAGGAGAUGGACUUUGUUUAACAUUACUAAUAUCAUUCAAACUGCCUGUAGAAGAUGUACCUACAAUUGGAAAAUAUGUUUGGCAUGAAUUACCUGAAAAUAUAGCUGAAAGUAUAACUUAUCGUUUACCGCGAAACAUGACUGUGCCUUUAAAUGUUAUACGGUAAUUUGACAUUUAUAUUAAUUGCGCAUUACAUACAUUUCAAAUCUUACAAAGAAAGUACUCUAUUUGCACAAUUGAAAAUUUAUUAAAAAUUGAUUGCUAAAUUCAGCUAUAUAUAAGAGAGAUUUUUCUUUUGUAAUGACUGCAUCAUAUUAAAGUUUAGGUAUGGCAAUGAUUUAAAAUAGAAUAAUUAUUAUACAUAAAUAUAUAUAAUAAUUUAUAUAAAUAUGUAACGAAUGUGUUUAUAAAUUAUUAUAUAUAUUACUAUAAAUCCAUACUCAAGUUGAUUUCCAUAAAUCAGAUUAUAUUUAACUAAUUUUAAUACUUAACAAUCACUAAUUAAACUAAACAAAUAUUUAUGAUCAUGAAUUUACAUUUAUCCUAGUCUAAACCAAUGAUUUUUUAACAAAUGUUAUUAUACAUUAUACAUCUUUUAUAAAGUAUAUAAUAUAAAGGAAUUAAUAUUAGAUUUAUUUAAACAACGUACAUUCCCAUAUUGUUAAAGGUGAAGCUUGCAAGUAUUUCGAAUUGUUACCAAAAAUUUGUAAAAGUUUAAAAAAUAUAAUGAAACAAUUUUGUACACUGUUUCUAGAAAAAUUUGAAUAAUAAUAUGACAUAUUGAAUAGAAAUUUAUUUUUAUCUAGUAUAAUGCAUUAUAAGCAUUGUAAUUAUUUACAUUCGAAAUAUAUAAUAUAUAUGUAAUAUAAAAUCUAUAAGUUUUAAAAUUAUUAAAAUUUUUUGGAAGUAUUCAAAUACUUACAUCAAGCAAUUUUAUUGUAGUAAAUAGAAUAUUUAUUAAAUAGAUGUAAAGAGAGGGCAAAGAAUAUUAAUUGUAAC